AUGUCAGGAGAAGAAGAAGUUGUUGUUGCUGCUGAGCCCGCUGCUGCUGCUGCUGCUGCUGUUCCAGCUCUAGGUGAGCCCAUGGACCUUUUGACAGCAUUGCAACUUGUGCUGAGAAAGUCGUUGGCUCAUGGUGGGCUCACACGUGGACUCCACGAAGGUGCAAAGGUCAUCGAGAAGCACGCUGCACAGCUCUGUGUGUUAGCUGAGGACUGCGAUCAGGCUGAUUAUGUCAAGCUCGUCAAGGCGCUAUGUGCUGACCAUAAUGUUAAAUUGAUAUCAAUUCCUAGUGCUAAAACUCUUGGAGAAUGGUCUGGUCUUUGUAAGAUUGAUUCAGAGGGAAAGGCUAGAAAGGUUGUUGGUUGCUCCUGCGUUGUUGUGAAGGAUUAUGGGGAAGAUACAGAAGGCCUUCAUGUUGUUCAGGAGUACGUGAAGUCCCAUUAA